GGGUCGAUCGUUUUUGCUGCCUCGCCUCGUCGUUCUCGUUCUCUUUCCUGUUCGCCGUUGGAGGUGGAGCAUCUACUGGGGUAAUCUCUGAAAUGGACUAAUUUUAUUUAGGAAUAUGUUACGUAAUAUACUUCAAAUUUGUGGCUCCAAAGCCAUUUUUAGAUCUUUAGAGUCAAAAUUUAACGAAACGAACAAGUUCUCAAUACUUCCAAGUAGUUUUCACGAGAAUUCUCUAGUGUCCAUUGUUAGGCAAUUCCAUUUCAGUUUGCCACGUAACAAAGACGAUAAAAGAUCUCUUAUUUCUUCGGCUCCAAAGAAAGAUGAUGGAACUUCAGGCGAGAGAGCAGUGAACAUGGAUGUAUUGAUUCAAAGUCGAAGAGACAUGUUUCCCACUGAAGAGACACCUGAUUUACUAUUCAAAGGAAUCCCAUUCAAAGAAGUGCCGAUUGUGAACAUUCGAGUCUCUCGCAAUAACACAAUAUUUUCAUUAUCUGAUGGAAAAACUGGUGAAGUUAAAAUAUACCGAUCAUGUGGAAUUGAAGGAUUUAAAAACACAAGAAAGGGAACGAAUAUCGCCGCUCAAGCGACUGCCAUCAGCUUUACUUCCAUGGUUCUGAACCAAGGAUUGAAGACAGUGCGAGUCAGGAUACAAGGUCUUGGCCCCGGCAGAACGUCAUCUGUCAAAGGCCUUGUGAUGGGAGGUUUAGACAUCAUAUCAGUCACAGAUAGUACGAGAGUUUCUGACAACCCACCGAGGCCACGUAAACGGAGGAGACUCUAAACUAAACUAUUUUUUUGUACAAACUUUUUUCUAGAAUCGUGUGUUGUCUUUUUAUAAAUAAAAUUUAUAAAGCUGA